UUCCAGCUGGCAGUGAUGCUGAGCGCUCUGAUCCUGCUGCUGAACCUCGGAGGAGCUGCGGCUCUCAAGAUCUGCUCCUUCAACAUAAAGUCCUUCGGAGAGAGCAAAAUCUCCAAACCAGAUGUGCUGGACAUCAUAGUGGAGAGCAUCAGCCGCUGUGACCUCAUGCUUGUCCUGGAGAUCAAAGAUGCAAAAGGAAGAGCGUUUGAUCAGCUCAUGACUCACCUGAACAGCAGGUCCAGGACACGUGCAAAUGAAUUUAACUCUGUCAUUAGUGAGAGACUCGGGAGAAAGUCAUACAAAGAGCAGUAUGCCUUCAUUUACAGGCAGAAGAUGUUGUCUGUGAAAUCCGUCUAUCAGUAUCCAGACGCUCAAACCGGAGAUGAAGACGCAUUUGCUCGAGAACCGUUCGUCGUGUGGUUUUCGUCUCCAAAAACAGAAGUCAGGGAUUUCGUCAUCAUCCCCAUUCACACGGCUCCAGAAGCGGCUGUGAAAGAACUCGACGAACUCUUCGACGUUUAUCAGAACGUUUCACAGCUGUGGCCCUCAGACAACUUCAUCAUCAUGGGGGAUUUCAACGCCGCCUGCGGUUACAUUCCAAAGAGACAGUGGGUGAACAUCCGCCUGCACUCUGAAACUGAGUUUGUGUGGCUGACAGGUGACAAGCUGGACACGUCGGUGAAGACAUCGACCACAUGUGCUUAUGACAGGGUCGUCCUCCGUGGAGAGAAGAUGAUUGAGGCUGUGAAUCCUGAAUCUGUGGAGGUGUUCAACUUUAAAGAGGAAUUUGGCCUCACUGAGCAGGAGGCUCUGGCAGUGAGUGAUCAUUUCCCGCUCUGCAUCACAGUAAAUCAAGCACAGAGGAAAGGAUAACAACCUUCUCCAUUUACACUUUACUGCUCGCCUGCUUCAUUAGUCCUACAGAUGAGAAUGAGAAACAGCUUAUAGGAAAAUGAACGAAUUCUAACUAUCUUUGAUGUAGAAAUCGAGUGUUCAGUGCUUUAUUUGUUGACUGUGUUUUUGUAGAGAAGAACAGAAAUGUUUGAUUGAAUGAUAAUGACAAGCUUCCAGUGCUUGUUAAUUAUGAACCAGCGGUCUGUAGUGUUGGUUUACUGGUUGCUGUGAGACACUAGAGUUAGUUUGCAAGUAUGUUUCCACUGUAACCCGUCUCCAUUUCUCCAUUAAUUAACUCUGUGCACCACAACACCUGUAUAAGUGCUUCAUAUUGACAUUUGCAUGUAUGCUUAUCUGAUUUAUUUCAUUUUAAUAAAAGAUUUACUCGA